AUGACGUCUACUAUCAACUUGUUUCGUCUUCCUUAUGUGGCUAUGAUCGAAGUUCUCAAAAAUAUGGAACUUGGAGAAUUAAUUGAGAUGUCACGUAUUUCCGAAAAAUCGUUCAAUUAUGUGCAUAGAUUCUUCUCUCGAAAGAACAUCGGACAAUUCAAGCUUAUUGUCUAUUUGUCAUACCAGUUCUCUAUUGGAAUCACAUUGGUAAACAAAACGUCGCAGGGAUACACAGAAUGCAAUGUGAACCAAUUAUCUGAACUGAAAACUGAAGAUUUAAAAAAUAUGACAAAACUUUUGAACUAUCCAGUAGUUGAUUGGAAGAUCAUCAACGUGUAUUCUAAAACACGUUCCUUAAUGGCUCUUCUUCAAAGUUUGAACCUUCGGACAGAUGAAGUUACUGUUAGACAACAAGAUGCAAAUGCAGAGAUGCUAGAUGAUAUCAUGAAACUAUGUACCAAUUCGAAAAAAGCUUCAGUUAGUUGGAAAACCCUAGAAAAUUUCUUGCUUGAUGAAACAUUGUACCAACCAUUUCAUUUGGAUUUGUUGCGCAUUCGUCAAGCAUCUUGGGUUACUGUCAGCGUUGUCACCAAGUUGUUCAUGAAUUGCAAAAAAGUUAACAUCAAUGGAAACAAGUGGAGUCCAAGAGAUGUCACAUAA